AUGGAGGAUAUUCAGGCUGAAAUUGAUAGAGAUGGUAUAAACGAUGUGGUUUUUGCAAAAGAGGCGGAUGCUAAGACCAGGUAUCUCAAGGCUCUUGAAAAUUAUGAAAAAUUAUGGGCUGAAAAAUCUCGAUCCAGGUGGAGGGAACAAGGUGACAGAUGCUCUAAAUUAUUUCAUAUCUCUGUGAAGAUGAGAAGAUUAAAAAAUUCCAUCAAGGCCCUGAAGAAGGAUGAUGGGGCACUGAUUUCUGACAAGGUGCAAAUUGAGGAAUACGUUUCUGAAUAUUUUGAGCUUUUUCAUAAAGAGGGGGCGUUAUCUCUGGACAAAUUCAGGCCUCUGUGUAUGGGAAAUUUCUUGUGUAAAAUUAUCUCAAAGAUUCUUGCAUCUGCCAGAAUCUCAGUUCUUCUUAACGGUGGCCCGGUUAGGUACUUUGUCAUUGAGAGGGGUCUGCGGCAAGGUGAUCCGAUCUCCCCUAUGCUGUUUAUUAUUGCCGAAGAAGUUCUGUGUAGAGGUCUAUCUGAGCUGGUAGCUUCUAAGAGCAUUAAGGCUCUCCCAGGUCCUCGUGGUGCUAUUACCCCUACCCACAUCCUUUUUGCUAAUGAUGUUUUCAUCUUCUCGAAUGCUUCCAUCAGGAAGCAGAGCAUUAUUGAAGAGUUUGGUAUUCCCAUCUGUAAUUUCCCCACCUGCUAUUUGGGUGUUGAAAUUUUUAAGGGAAGGAUAAAGAAGGAGUCUCUUCUCCCUAUUAUGGACAGAGUUAAAGGUCGGCUGGCUGGGUGGAAAGGAAAAAUUAUGUCGAUGGCUGGAAGAUUAGAAUUGGUCCGCUCUGUCAUUUUGGGAAUGAUGAAUCAUAGCUCUGUUGUCCGUUGGUGGCCAUCAACCCUUAUUGCUAUCAUGGAAAUGUGGAUGAAGAACUUCAUCUGGACUGGUGAGGUUGAUUCUGCAAAAAAUAUCACAGUCCGAUGGGAUGUGUGUUGUAGGCCCAAGGAUGAAGGAGGGUUGGGGUUGCGUAGGCUCAGGGACAUAAAUAAAGCAAUGCUAUGCAAUAUGGUCUGGAGGGUAAGACAUGAGAAAUCUACAGCCUGCAACUUCCUAAGGGCGAGAUUUCUUAGGAGUGAUGGAUCUUUCAAAUCAAGCUAUAAGUCCUCCUCUAUUUGGCCAGGAUUUAGAAAGAUGUGGGAUUUUAUGUCCUCAAAAGAAGCUUGGCUGAUAGGAAAUGGCGAAAAUAUAAAAUUCUGGACUGAUAACUGGUUGGGAAAUAAAUCCAUCCUGGGAAUGUUCGAUCUCGAGGAUGGUCCUGGUUCCCCCUUCAAGGGCAAGGUUAGUGACUUUAUUGAAAAUCACCAUUGGAAAUUGCCUAAUGUCAGAUCACCCUUAUUGCAAAGCAUAUUUGAAAAGAUCCGAGAUACCAAAAUUCCUUCGUAUGCCUGUGAGGACAUGUGCUUAUGGAGUUUGUCUUCUGACGGAAGUUCUAGCUCUAACUCUGCCUGGAAUGAUAUCAGGAGCACCAAUCCUAAAGUUCCAUGGGCUACUCUGAUCUAG